AUGAAUGAUAUGUUUUUGCCACCAUUAGAUGAAAAUAUAUCAAGCGAAUCAGAAGAAAUUCCUGAAAAAACAACAAAAACUUUUGAUUGGCAUUUCGAAUAUUUAAAUGUAAAUAAAAAAUUUCAUGAUGUAAAAGAGUUUAAUGAAAUAACAAAACUACUGAAUAACGCCACAAGAAGAUACAAUGGUAAAUACUACGGUUUUAAUGACCCCGAGGACUCUACGUGGUGGUGGUUCUGGCAAAAUGGUCACGAGGCAGAAAAAAAAGAGAAGCUAGUAAGUUUAAACAUACAAUUUUUGGUCCAUACAAGAUAUCAAAUUAAGAAAACGUUGAAUAUAAAAGAUGAGAUACGAAUGGACAAACGGUACAAAAUUGGUUAUUUAUGCAAUAGAUUAAGGAGAAUCAAGUAUGAGCAACAAAAAUUAGUAAGUUACGCGGUUGAACAGGAAAAAUCUAAAUUUCGUGAACUGACCUCGCUACUAACACUGUAUGAGAAGAUGGUGAGAUAUGACGUCGAUAUCGGAGACACUAUCAAGUGGAUACAAGAAAUAGAUAAAGAACCACCUCAAAAUAUUCAGAUGCCAGGGAUAACAAGGCCAUCAAUG